GCACAGUCCUUUGCCUUUUCCUGCCCAAGCCAAGGAUGCCGCGUCGGGAGAAGAUGUGGCACACUUGGUAUCUCCCCACAUGGGCUGAAGGAAGGGCGUCUGGGAAGCAGGCUCUCCCCAGGUUCCAUGCACAGCUCCCCUUGCCCUUGUCUGUUCUUGCAAAAUAUUUGUGAGGAGUGUUCUUGCCUAAAAGGAAAUUCCGUUUUUCUUCUUAUCUGAUUACAGUACAAGCAGGAAGCUACCACAUCUGUUCUGCUUGAAAUCAUGACCCUCUCUAUUUUAUUUUUAUGCCAGCCACAACUCCGUUGGCUGUUCCGUCUUGUGGAAAUGAUGUUGCUGAUGUAUUGCUGCUUUAAGGCCUGGUUGUGGGAUAGAUGGAAGUUCUUUCUCAUGGGAAGUACUUACCGAAAUUGCUGUGUGCUAGGCAAUGUUCAUUAGAGGAACCAAGCAUUGUGCCUCGGGGGUGACCCAAGCCCUUCCUCUUGAGAUGAAGGUAUAAAGCGUGUGUAAACAACGCCCGCCUGAUGGAAGCCAUUCAUCCAUUUCUCUCUGCUUUUUGCUGGGGACGGUGAGGGCAGCAGAGAGAGGGCGUGUUGCUGGGAGAGGGAAGACCUGGGGAAGAGGGAUGAGGGGCCCCAACGACGCCUGACCAGUCCUCUCCAGUUUGCUCUGGCAGGAGGCGGCCCACGUCCUGGCAAGUCCGCUGCACCUCACCCUUUAACUGGCAGCCGGAGGCGGAUGGAAUCUGUGUGGUUAAGCGGCAUCAGGGCGACGCAUGUAGCCACAGUCAAUGCAUUAAUCUUGGGGCUGAUAUUGGCUGGACAGACCAAUAUUUACCUGUGCAAGGGGCUGCGCGGCUGGUGCAGCGCUAAUUUCCCGCGGUUCAGCAAUGCAGGACUGGGCUUGUGAUCUAUAAUCCGUUUCGGACGCCAUCCCCACAGACUGGCAAGCUGCUGGUUAACAAAGCAAGUAGCAGGCAGGAGUGAGGAGGACCUGAAAAUGGGGUUUGAAGGGAUUUUAGGUGAAAUGGGUGGGGAAGGUGGAGCUGCUGCUGCGAAGCAGAGUUUAUAAUGCUGACCUCGCAUCAAAUACUUUUCCUCAUGGGAGUUCUUCACCUAAAGAACUCAUCCGACCUAAUCCAAACGCCCUGAGGUGGUAAAGAGAGAGCCGGUGUUAGAUCAGGAUUCUGUAAGCCACUUGCAGGAAAAAAAGAAUAUAAAAUAUAAAUAAAUGUAUGUUUUGAGCACAGAAAUAUAGAUUUUACUAUUAUCCCAUUUCAAACUAAGUUUAUCGGAAGUUAAGAUAGCUUUAAUGUAUCGCACACGAUGGAAACAAAUUCAUUUCUUUCUCUUGAAUUAGAUUAAACCACAGGCUCAAAAUUCCGUAUUUAUUUAUUUAUUUAUUUUGGUGCUGCAGUAAGGACUGGCUACAAAAGACUGGCUACUUUCUCUUCCACUUCUUGUAUAGAUUUUUGCUAUGUGAAAGCCAUAUUAGAUCUUUUGAUGAAAUCGCAGGUACAGAAAUUGCUGAUUAUCAGUCUAAAACUGGUGUGUAUGCAGAUGAUAGUUUACUUGCAUCAUCUAAUCUCCAAAUCUCAAAUCCAUUUCCUUUUAAAUAUAUUAUGGCUCUGUUUCAAGAUGUAUUAUACUCAGUCAUCAGAAGACAGAAUAGUAUCACUUAAGAAAUAGACUCACUUGAUAUUAGUUUCUUGGUCCAUUUUCAUAUCAGUUAAACACAGAGGGUGGCAUUUCAUACAAUAGGAAUGACUUAUUUAAAAUUAGUCUUCAGCAAUCCAUAGAAAAUGCUGGGGGAAUCCAAAGCAGUGGUCUACUUAUGGGAUUACAAGGUCACGGUAACAUAAAAAUGACUAUUAUGCAUAUUUCUUCUUUUCUGUUUGACAAUAUCCUACCAUCUGCUCCCUAGAUAUAUUGAAAAAAUGGUGAAAAGUUGUGUGCUCGAAAACCAGAUUAAAACAGAGUGGCUAAAGGUGGCCGUCCCAGGCACGUUUAGGCCAAAAAAGGUCCGAGAGGGGAUGGGGUUCUCCGGAGCAGACUUGGGGGUGUGCAGAGGAGCGGAAGGCAAGGGGCAUCUUGCGCGACGGGAGGGAUAUGGGAUUAUAUGAUUCUGGAUAUCCCUCACUGGCUCAACGGCUCUGGGCAUUGAAUUCUGGCUUUGAUCACUAUUCACAUCCUGCGCUAUGAACGUUUAAUUGUCUAACCCAGUUUCUGCGCAUUGCAAAACUGUGUUCUUCUGACCCUGGGAGCGGAAAGGAUCCAUGACUUGCCACUGUAGGACACCGAUGCAUUGCAGCACAUGUUGGUUACGUGAUUGACAUGUAGAGCUCUCCAAGCGGAGGGAAUAGACCUCAGAACAGCAACUGCUCUUCUGUGUAAGCAAAUAUAAAGUCAUGCAUUUUGGGGCAAAAGAAGAUGAGCUUGUGGUGACCGGCCAGGAAAAGUUGAAGUAAAAUCCAUCUCUGUAUCCUUAGGAAACACUUGGCGUCCUACAUGAACUACGAAAACCCUCCGCCAUACUCUGGCCCAGGUCCAACUGCCCCAUACCCACCGUACACCCAGCAGCCGGGGGCGCCACCCGGGCCUGGCUACCCACCAGGGCCUGCUGGGCCGUAUCCAGCAGGUGCACCAGGCUACCAAGGUUAUCCGGCAUACGGGUGGCAGAAUGCUCCUCCACAAGGCUGGCAGAAUGUCCCUCCACCUCCCGGACCGGUCUAUGCAGACGGACCCAAAAAUACAGUGUAUGUUGUGGAAGAGCGGCAAAGGGACAACAGCGGGGAAAGUGCGUGUCUGACCGCUUGCUGGACUGCGUUGUGCUGCUGCUGCCUGUGGGACAUGCUGACUUGAGACGCCCCGAGACGCGAAGCCUCUCUAUACCUCUUAACUCGGAGUGCUAUGCAUUCUCCUCCUCCUCUUCCUCCUCCUCAACAGCUUUUUAGUACUGUGAUUCUCUGCUUGGCACAGGGGACGGCGGCACCCUGCCGUCACAGUAGCGCCACGGUGUCGGUUAUGCACUUUUUAGUUCUAGUGGAGGAAAACCUCCGCCCACACACACCUUGUAGCCUGUUUCUAAGACUUCGCGGUCGUUCUUUAAAGAAUGUGCUACAUCCUUUUUUUUGGCAAAAAGGCUUUUACUACAGAUUGUGUAUUUAUAAUUUAUACCAUUCUUGAAAAUGGAAUAUUAUGCAAUAAUUUAAGCCAAUCACUCAUUUUUUCUUACUUGCUUCCACUUCUGUUUUAAUAAACUUUGUCCAAUAAAGAUAUGGACCCAUAA